AAUCAGCCUGUCGAUCACUUGCUGCUUGCUAUGUCCACUCCUGUCUCUCGCAGCCGUAUCGCCUUGCCUCGAGGCCACGGGUAAUAAAUUUCUGAGGUGCCUCGAAACUGAACUGCAUCGCUCUGCCUCGCUGUCAAGCUGAUCGACUUCCCGCUGCUGCUGCUGCUGCUGCUGCUGCUCAUCUGUCCGUGCCCGCUUCUACUUAGUCAGUUGGCUGGUUCUAAGGCGCCUCAAAAGCUCGAUAGUUAGUCGGCGCGGCGCCAUGUACGGAAUGGGAGCACCGAUGCACUUCCAGCAGCACCACCCGUCGCCCUUCUCCCACGGGCCGAUACCCCACCGCUACCCCACUCCCCCGCAUCCCGGCGGCGCGGGGUUCGCGCAAUACCCCGGCGGACCCCCCGCGCAGCCGCCGCUUCCGCACCCGCAGCAGCAGCAGGCGCAGCAGCAACAGGCGCAAGCGCAGCUGCAACAGGCGCAGCAGAUUUCGUCGUCGCAGCAGCAGCAGCUGCAGCAGCAGCAGUCGCAGGGCCAGUCGCAAGGACUGUCGCAGGGCCAGUCGCAGCAGCCGCCGGCGCCGGCGCCACUGCCGUCGCAACUACGAGCGGGAAAGGACCCGUUUAGGAAUCUCUACAGUCGAGAGUUCGUUGGUCACAAGAAGAAGGUGCAUUCGGUGGUGUGGAAUUGCCUCGGCGAGAAGCUUGGGUCAGGUUCGGUAGACCAGACCAUCCGCGUGUGGCAAGUGGAUCCCAGCGGCCAAUCAAACUCCAGCAAGCAGCGCGAGGUGGAGCUGAGGGGGCACACGGAGAGCGUGGACAACCUGUGCUGGGACCCACUUCACCCGGAUCUGCUCGCCUCGGCGUCUCAAGACAAGUCUGUGCGCAUUUGGGACACCAGAUCGGCCAGGUGCGAGCAGAGUGUGACUCUAAAGGGGGAGAACAUCAACGUCACGUACAAGCCUGAUGGCACGCACAUUGCAGUGGGCAACAGUGCAGACGAGCUAACCAUUCUGGAUGUGCGCAAGCUGAAGCCGAUUCACAAGCGCAAGUUCAACUAUGAGUUGAACGAGUUUGCGUGGGACCGCUCAGGCUCCAUCUUCCUGGUUACAACCGGCACAGGCGCAGUGGAGGUUUUGGGUUACCCCUCCCUGCAGACACUAGACACCCUCCACGCGCACACUGCAGGAGUCUACUCCCUUGCCAUUGACCCCCUUGGGAGAUACUUUGCAGCAGGGAGUGCCGAUGCGCUGGUCAGUCUGUGGGACAUGCGCCACAUGCUGUGUGUGCGCACUUUUACCAGACUCGAGUGGCCAGUGCGCACAGUGAGCUUCAGCCAUGAUGGGAGGUACCUCGCGUCUGCUAGUGAAGAUCUUUUCGUCGACAUUGCGGAGGUGGAGACGGGUCGGUCGGUGCAUCAGAUCCCAUCCUGGGCGGCGAUGAACAGUGUCGAGUGGAACCCGAAGCACCUGCUGCUGGCGUAUGCAUCCGACGAUGACGGCAAGCACUCCUCCCCUGGUGUCUUCCGUGUCUUCGGGUUUGAUUCGCCUUGAUCCCGUCAGGAGAUCCAUGUUAUUUCUUGGAAAUGGAAGCUGGAAUAUAAGCCAGUUUAUGUGAGGUGGCAAAUGUCAAACAUAUUUGUGUAUGUUUAGUAGUCUACAUAGGGGCUUGCCAUAGAGAGUACAACCCACUAGCUAUAUACUCCUGUAUUCUCUCAUUCUAGUCAUUCGUUUU